CUUUAGCCCCUUGUGACUAGCGCUGAUGCAUUCGUCCGGGGGACGAAGCGGUCUCUGACUCAGCUCAUCCAAGUCCCACCACAGCCACCAUGCCACGCGGGAGCCGAAGCGCGGCCGCCCGGCCAGCCAGUCGCCCAGCGGCACCUUCUGCCCAUCCACCUGCACACCCACCGCCCUCAGCAGCUGCCCCGAUUCCUGCCCCCUCGGGCCAGCCAGGUCUCAUGGCACAGAUGGCAUCCACGGCCGCUGGGGUAGCCGUGGGCUCCGCUGUGGGACAUGUCAUGGGCAGUGCCCUGACUGGAGCCUUCAGUGGAGGAAGCUCAGAGCCUGCCCAGCCUGCUGCCCAGCAGGCCCCUACCCGUGCUGCCCCACUACAGAUGGGACCCUGCUCCUAUGAGAUCAAACAAUUUCUGGACUGCUCAACCACUCAGAGCGACCUGUCCCUGUGUGAGGGCUUCAGUGAGGCCCUGAAGCAGUGCAAAUAUAACCAUGGUCUGAGCUCUCUCCCCUGAACAUGUUGGUGCAGACUCAUUGGCCAGCUCUGAGAUGACUCCUGGGUCCUAACCCUGUACCCACCCCAUCCCCUUACGGACAGCUGGACCAUGAAGACAGAUUGUAACUGGGACUGGGAGUAAGAAGGAAGUUUCCUACCCCAUAGAUAACUCAAGACACAAAUGUGCAAUUAAAGAGUUUAUUUUAAAUCACA